AUGACAGAAGUAGUGGAAGAAUUCAAGAAGCUCUUUCAGAUGAUCAAUCAGCUCAGUAUGGAUCCAGUUUUUGUUACUCCUCAGCACAUCACCGAUCAUUUCGAAAAAGUUGGCAUGAUCCAAGUCACAGACGGGAGCGUACGAGAAUUCCUCCAUUCACUCGAUAAAAUGCUGAGUUUGAUGGGAGGAAAGCUUUCCAAGGCUGGUUCACUCAACGAAGCUGAAUUCGUGCGAUUCUGGUUUAACUGCCAUCGAUUUUACAAUAAAUUUGAUCUGAAAAACACUGGCAGCAUUACCAAGGAUGAAUUUUAUCAGUCGAUGGUUGGGACUGCAGCAGAUAAGGAUACCGAAGAAAAAGUGAACGAAAUCUUCAAUAUUGUUGAUAGAAACGACGAUGGAAAAAUAGACUUCAUUGAAUUUUUCUGCCGUCUGCCUCAAAUUUUGAACUUGAAAUAA